GGAGUUUUAGGGGAGGAUCAAGUCGGCACCAUUUCUAUUUCUUCAUCCAAUUUUUAUGUGGUCCCUCUACUUAACAAAAUUUUACUUUAAAGUAGUAUGUUAUGUUUUAAAUUUACUAUAUAGUUACAAUUUUAGAUUGAAGCCUUCUGGUAGUUUUCUGCAAUUUUCAUAUUAAUAGUUGUUGACAGUAGUGGCUCUUUGCAUUUAUUUUUACGAGGUAAAGUAUACUAUUUCUUAAGUUACGUUGGAGCUUGGGACUUGCUUUGUCUGGAUAUUUUGAGGUCUUGUUCUCUAUAAAUUAUUUAUAUCCUUUCUUUAUUCAUCAAAAAAGACAAAAUGGAUGAAACCAAGCCAUUGAAGUUUGUUGAGAGCAGCCACGUUUCACCACCACCAGGCUCAGUUCCCACUACCUCUCUUCCUCUCACUUUCUUAGAUCUGCUAUGGUUUCCACUCCCCAAUGUUCAACGCCUUUUCUUCUAUGAAUUCCCAUACCCUACCUUGCAUUUCAUGGAAACCAUUCUCCCGUUGUUAAAACAAUCUCUCUCCCUUACCCUGCAACAGUUUUUCCCCUUCGCGGCCAACGUAGUGUGCCCUCCGUCACCGGGGAAGCCUUACAUCCGUUACGAAGAUGGCGGCAGCUCCGUUGCUUUCACGGUCGUCGAAUCCCCUUCGGAUUUCCGCUGUGCAAUAGCCGAUUAUCCGCGAGACCUUAAAUCGUUACGUCCCUUCGCGCCAGAGCUACGGACCGCACUGUCGGAGGCGAAAGACGGUACUCGGGUGGUCUUGCUCCCUGCACUUGCCUUCCAAGUGACCGUGUUCCCGAACUCCGGCGUUUGCAUCGGGUCUAGUUACUGCCACGUGAUCGGCGACGGGAAGGCGUUCAUGCAUUUCAUGAAGUCUUGGGUGGACGUUUACGCUGCGGUCGGUCUCAAAAAAUCAUCGCUUCCAUUGUUUAACAAGGAUGUGAUCAAGGAUCCUAACAGGGUAGAGUCGUUUCUAUUGAAAAUGUACCACGACUGGCUUUCAUCUCUCAGGGAGAAUUCGGGCUUAACCGAUGUCAGAUCAGAAGUAAACAUGGUUCGUGCCACAUUCGUGUUGAGUCGAGCCGAUGUCGAGAGGCUCAAGCAAUUGGUCGCAUCGCAGUGCAUGAACGAAGCUAAUUCGAACCAAUUCCAUCAUGUAUCAACUUUUGUGGUAACAUGUGCUCUAACAUGGGCUUCAUUGAUCAAAUCAAAAGCAUGUGUUGUUAAGAACUUAUCAUAUGUUGAUGAUGCUGAUGAGUUAUAUUACUUGCUAUUCCCCUUCGAUUGCCGGAACCGCCUUGAAUUUCCGGUUCCGUCAACAUAUUUCGGGAACUGUCUAAAACCUGGAAUUGUAGAGAUGAAGAAAAAGGAGUUAACAGGUGAAAAUGGGAUUGUUUUAGCUGCCAAAGCCAUCGGAAGCAAAGUUAAAGAAAUGGGACAAAGUGGUAUCAGUGAGGCGGAGAAUUGGCUACCAAGCAUCGCAGAGAGAAGUAAAACGGGGCGUCUAAUUAGUUUGGCCGGUUCGCCGAAGUUGCGGGUGUACGAUACUAAUUUUGGGUGGGGAAAGCCUCGGAAGGUGGAGGUGAUGCACGUGGAGUCCGGGCAGACGAUAUCUAUGGCGGAGUGUAGGGAUGAAGAAGGUGGAAUUGAGGUUGGUGUGGCUUUAAAGAAGAACCAAAUGGAUGAAUUCGUUGCCAUCUUUGGGCAGAGUUUAAAGCUUCUUUAGUUUCGGUUUUCUUUUUACAGAGUAAGCCAGAAAAUUUGUUUAGGGUAUUGAAAUUAAGUUAUGAUAAUGUAAUUUUAUUAUUUUAAUAAUUUAUAUCUUUAUAAUUUUUAAAAAAUUAAAAUAAAAUUUUAUCGAGGCCGAUACUCCCUGUGUUGGUCCAAUUGUAUCGUA